GUGGUCAGAAAACGUUUGAGAAUGAUGAUAAACUACACACAGGUUUCAUAUUUCACACUCGCUGCCUACUUUGACACUGGGCUUUUAAGAUACUUAUAUUUCAUGAUCAUUAUAUCUUUAUAUGUUUUUAUAGUUGGUGCCAAUGUGCUGCUGAUUGUGGUCAUCUGUAUGAACAGAAGCUUACAUGAGCCUAUGUACCUGUUUGUGUGCAGCCUGUUUGUAAAUGAACUGUAUGGUAGCACAGGGCUGUUUCCAUUCCUCCUGGUUCAGGUUCUCUCUGACGUUCACACUGUUCCUUCUUGGUUUUGUUUCCUGCAGAAUUAUUUAUUAUUCUCAUACGGAGGUGUAGAAUAUUUAAGCUUAGCCAUCAUGUCUUACGACAGAUACCUGGCUAUUUGUCACCCUCUACAAUACAGCACCCAAAUGACAGGGAACAAAAUUGCCAAACUUAUUGCUGUAACAUGGGUUUGCCCUUUGCUUCUGUGCAUGAUAUCCUUCAGUCACUCCUUACAGCUGUGUGGGAACAUCAUCAACAAAGUUUACUGUGACAACUACUCCAUCGUCAAACUGGCCUGUUCUGACACCACAGCCAACAACAUCUACGGACUCUUUGCUACGUCGCUCUCGAUCUUUUGCCCUCUGAUCCUAAUCUUCUACACCUACAUGAGGAUCCUUAAAGUGUGUUUCUCAGGCUCCAAACAGACCAGACAGAAAGCUGUCAGCACCUGCACACCUCACCUCGCUUCUCUGCUCAACUUCUCUUGCGGGGCUUGUUUUGAGAUUUUACAGAGCAGGUUCAACAUGAACAGUUUACCCAACAUUUUGAGAAUUAUUUUGUCAUUAUACUGGCUCACGUGCCAGCCGCUCGUCAACCCUUUGCUGUAUGGUCUAAAUCUGUCCAAAAUCCGUAUCAUCUGUAAAAGCCUUGUCUUUGCUGCAUUGUAG